AUGUCGGGUCCGACAAAGGGUAAGCAGUUGAAGUUUACAAGUCAGAAUCAGACGUUGUAUUAUACGGAGAAGCCUUUACGACAGAGUUUGGUGUCACGUUUACGUUUGAAUGGUGGUGUGUUAAAGGAGUCGAUAACAAAGGAGGCAUUUGUGAGUGCUUUGAUUCAGCGUUUGAAAUUAAAGGGAUCGACGGAGCAGUACGAGAAAUUAUUUGAUGAAGUAGUACAGAGACGUCGUGUGAGUGGAGAUCGUGUGGAAUGGGAGCAGUUGGUGGAUAGUCUGUUGAAUCAUCGUGCUCAAUUUGUGGGUGAAUAUCAUCGGGCAUUAGAGGACUAUCGGAAUGUGCAAAUGAUGGGAGAGAAGGCGGUGAAAGAAUUGAGUGAAGGAGAGCGUAUGGGAGAUCAUCGGUUGGUUAUUCAUCUGCAGAGUCUUACAUUCGAUUAUGGUGAGAGUGAAGAUGGUGAUUUAUUGAGUUCAUCUGCAAUGCUAUAUCAAUUAGAAGUAGAGUUAUUGGACUCACAUGAUGUACAGGAAAGCGACCUUGUUAAAGCUCAAAAACAUUGUAUAUUCAAUGAGUUCAUGACCUUCCCACUCGCUACACCAUCAGCUGUAUUACGUUUCAAAUUAAUGAGAGAACCAGCUACCGCAAUUGAUCCCCAACAACGAGAGAUCUGCGGUUCGGGAGAACAGAGUCUUAAAAAUUUGCAAAAUAUGAUCCCUCUUAUCUUUGAUAAUGUACCUAUAGAUGCAAGCGAUAAUGGUGUCGCACAUCUAGCAUUCUCCGCACUCUGGCAAUUCGAUCGAGAAGCUUAUUAUCGAUCUGUUCUUUCCAGUCUUGAUAGCCGACUUAAUGCAUUACAUGUCGCCGUUCAGGUACAACAAAGUAACGUUGAUGAACUUGAUAAACAACUCUUUGGAUACCCCGUAGAAAAUACCAAAUGGACACAUGUAUUACUCUCACCUAACGCCGCCAUGGACGCAUCCGUCAGCCUCAUGCAACGCAUCGCAAAACGAGACAUCAACGACUCCAUACAAGUCGGCCUUAUUAUCACUCUUAUGAUUUCAUGCAUCAGUCAAUUCGCUCGCGGAAGCUUCAUUGAAACACUCGUUCUACUCACAUGCAUCUGGCACAACAACGGUACUACUACUCUACUCACACUGUCAUACUACCCACUACCCACACUGUCAUACUACCCACUACACACACGGGCAUACUACCCACUACCCACACGGGCAUACUACCCACUACCCACACGGGCAUACUACCCAUACGGUACCACUACCCAUACGGUCAAUAUGUUCUUUCCUUUAAGAACCUCGAAUACGUUGGACCAAAAAGAGUUACCUAAACUGUAUUCUUGCCCUUUUAAUUCGCCAAUCCAGAAGUUGGUUCAAUUCUCUAUCCAACAAAAAUUGCAACACCUUUCAGUAUAA